AUGACCGCGUAUAUAUACAGAAUAUACGCAGCAGUGCCACACAGUGCCACACAGACACACGUACGCAUGGUACGUUCGAGCGGCAUGAAGGGAGGACGGCGAUCCAACAGGAGGCUCCUCAGGUCCUUCCUGGGCGCCUGCAGGAAGCUCAGCGCCGAGCUGCAGCUGCUCGGCCCGACGGCGAGCGCGUGGGCGCAACUCGAGGCCGGAGACGAGGCCAUCCCGGUGGACGUGCCGAGGGGCCACACGGUGGUGUACGUCGGGGAGGAGCUGCGGCGGUACGUCGUCCGGGUCUCCUCCCUCGACCACCCGCUGUUCCGGGAGCUGCUCGACCGCGCGCGGGAAGAGUACGAGUUCGCCGCCGACGCCAGGCUCUGCCUGCCCUGCGACGAGGACAUCUUCCUCGCCGUGCUCUGCCACGUCGACUCCAACCACGACUACUGGAGGCUGGCACUCUGCAGCUGA